AAGUGCUGUGUUUAAAAGCGGAAGACAAGUAGACAGCCGCUCCCGGUGGGAAACCACACACACGCGGUGUAAGAUGGAGCAUUACGACGCCACGACCGGAUCUGUGUUCUUUUCGCGGACGGGCUGCUGUCAUGAUAUUUCGCGGGGGCUUCGACGGAUUCCUAUUGGAUUUAAAACAGAACUUGUGGUACUGUUUAAACUGGCCUGGCCAAUGUGUAUAUCUCAGAUGCUCACCUUCCUCGUGAGUUUCGUCAGUACAGUCUUCUGUGGGCACCUGGGGAAGACCGAGCUUGCUGGAGUGGUCCUUGCCAUCGGCGCGAUCAACGUCACAGGUAUAUCGAUUGGGGCUGGCUUGUCAUCUGCAUGUGAUACCCUCAUAUCUCAGACGUUUGGGAGCGGGAAUGUGCUGCAGGUGGGCCUGGUGGUGCAGCGGGCCAUCCUCAUCCUGCUUCUGGCCUGUCUCCCCUGCUGGGCGUUGCUGGUCAACACAGAGCUGAUCCUGCUGGCCGUCCGUCAGAGCCCCGAGGUGGCCCGGUUGUCUCAGACCUACGUGAAGAUCUUCAUGCCGGCCCUGCCUGCUUCCUUUAUGUAUUCAUUGGAAGUAAGGUAUCUGCAGAACCAGGCCAUCAUAUGGCCAACGGUGAUCACCGGAGUUGUGGUUAAUAUCAUCAAUGCCCUCAUCAACUACAUCCUUCUCUACGUCCUGGAUAUGGGAGUGGCAGGUUCAGCUAUAGCCAAUGCAGUCUCCCAGUUUGCCAUGGCUGGGAUUCUGUUUCUCUACAUAUGGAGGAGAGGUCUUUACAAGGCCACCUGGUCAGGCUGGUCCAGGGAGUGUCUGACCGAGUGGGGCGCCUUCAUGGGCCUGGCCAUCCCCAGCAUGAUCAUGUUGUGCGUGGAGUGGUGGACCUACGAGAUGGGAAGCUUCCUGGCAGGUUUAAUCAGCGAGGUGGAGCUGGGAGCUCAGGCGGUCGUGUUUGAACUGGCAAAUCUGGUUAUUAUGUUCCCCCUAGGGUUUGGCGUCGCGGGCAGUGUGAGGGUAGGGAACGCCCUGGGUGCCGGGGAUACAGAGCAGGCCAAGCUGUCCGCUAAGCUGACCAUCCUCUGCUCAGUACUCAUUUCGUCGUGCCUGUCGGUCGUCAUAGCGAUCCUGAAGGACCGCAUAUCAUAUAUGUUUACGUAUGACGAGGAGAUCCGGCUGAGGGCUGCCGAAGUGGUGGCCCUGUACGCACCGUUCCUCAUCCUGGAUGCGCUGGCGCUGUCCGCAGGCAGCAUCGUCAGAGGAGCAGGGCGGCAGCGGGUCGGCGCGCUCUGUGGCCUCCUGGGGUACUACGGCGUGGGCUUCCCCAUCGGCGUCUCUCUGAUGUUCCCCGCCAAACUCGGCAUCAAGGGUCUGUGGCUUGGCUUGCUGGUUUGUGUGGCUCUGCAGUCCACCUUCCUACUCGGUUACUUGUUCAGGAUGGACUGGCAGAAGGUCACCGUGGAGGCUCAGGUCAGAGCUGGGGUUUCAGGGAACGUUCCGGAAACACUCCCUUCAGCCCCAGGGGGUGAGGAAGGCCCUCCAGGGCGUGAGGAAGGCCCUCCACUGCUCCGGGGGAGGGCCACAGAGGAGGAGGAGGACCCGGCCGCCCCGCCCCUCCGCCCGGCGCCGCCCCGCCCCUCCCUCCCCCGCCUGCUGCUGCGCUGCAGCCCGGCGCUGGGCGCCAUGCUCGCCAUCCUCCUCACGGGGAUCCUCACUGACUGGCUGAUCCCUCGCACGGUCACAUGACCCUCCCCCGCCCUCCUGACCCCUCAACCACCUGCUGACCCCUGGCGUGGUCACAUGACCCGCCUCACCCAAGCCGGAGAGUCUGGGUUCUAGAGCAGUAUGGAGGAGGAGGCGUUCCACCAGGGGGCGCUGCUGUCCCUCCAGUCCAAAGGAGAGACCCGCUGGUCAAGGGAGAGACGUCACUCGGACGCCAUUUAUUAUUGUUUUUUCAUGUGUUGUGUUGUUUUCAUACGUUUUAUACACAUUAAUGUCAUGCAAACAAAUGCAGAUCAGCUUUAAAACAUGACGCUGAUGACUGGGGGAUCCCGAUCGGGUUGUUUUGGAAUACGAGUGGAGAUAAAGAUAGAGCCAGGGUCUGUUGGGUCGGGGGGGUCCGCUAUCCGCGGGAGACCCACGUGGUAGGCACGCCCGGGGCCGGCGUGGUGUCCAUGACGUUAGCCCCCCCCCAGGGUCCUGUUGCUCUCUGAGGGGGGGGCCGGGGACUCAGGGAGGGGCACCUGAUAGUGGACCAUCAGCCCCACCACCAGGAGCAGAACCAUGAGUACCGUGGUGAAGCCCCGCCUAAGGACCAGCUGGGUGGGGGAGAGCUGCUUCCUGGGCCCCUGGGCGGCCCCCGACCGCUGGACUGGAGGGCCCCCGUCCGGCCGUUUCUGGUCCUCCGAGAGGAGACCGUUCACCGGCUGUAGUGGGAACACAGACCCAGCAUCACGCUGAUAUAUGGUGUGUGUGUGUGUGUGUGUGUAUGGUAUGUGUGUGAUGUGUGUCUAUAAAUAUGUGUGUGUGUGUGUCUAUAAAUGUGUGUGUGUGUUUGUGUGUGUGUGUGUUAGUAUUUGGUCUUUGUUUUCUCUGUUUAUUUGGUGCUGAGUGGAAGCCUACUACAGGAACUGAAACCCACAAAAGAAGCAGCCGUUUUCUGUUUAGUCGUUUCGCAGUCACUCUAAACCAAAUGGCUUUGACUGAACCUUUGUUGUGAGUGUUUGAAUAAGCCCACGGCACUCACGCUGCCGUUGCUGCUGGCACUCUGGUUGGAGGUUUCUGGGUUCAGAGGAUCCACCUGCAUGUUCUUCUUACCUCGCUUCACUGCCUUGGAACACAGGAUUACAAAGAAAUACUCUUUACCAAAUCUGUAGUCCUGACCGAUUACUAACCAAAGAAGCCAUUUGUUAAUUAAGCUAGACUUUAAGCUACACUUUGAUCAAAAACGACUCAGGUGAGACUGAGAUUGAUUUAUCAAUCAAUCAAUAAAUAAAUAAAUCAACUUCAGAGUGGCGUGUUGGUCACCCAUCCAAAGGACAAUGAGCAGCUUUCAGUUAUGUGUACCAUAAUAGCUCAGUGUAUUUUCCAAAGACUUAAUGUACCUCCUACUGUUUGUAAAUACAUUUCCCAUGCACCAUAGCAUGGAUGAGGGAAUGAAGGUGGUGCUUGAGAGUAAUGCAAUUAUAAUAAAAGAUAGUUGUUUACAUUCA